AUGGCAGAGGCUGCUGAUAACAUACGCGGGCGCGACACCAUGCCAAGGCAAGGCAAAGUUGAAAAUGUGUGUAGACAAUGGCUUGUCCAUGAAGAUGGUGCUCUGGCCUAUGAAAUACAGAACAAAGAGAUUGAGCGACACUAUGGUCUAAACCGGUUCAACCGUAGGACAGUUCGUGAAGACAUUCCCGUUGCUAAAGUUUUGCAGACUGAUGAGGAGGUUCGACAGCAGGAAGAGCGUUACAAUGAACUCCAGGCUCUUAGGGCACAGGCUGAUGAGGACCAGGAAAUCGCUCGUCGUGUUUUAGAGGAGAUCGAAGGAGAAGAGAAUGCCAGACUGAGAGAAAGGGAGUUACGGGAUGAGGAAAUCGCCCGCAUUGCACAAGAGAAAGAAAAACAAAAAUAUGAACGAUACUUGGAGAAAAAGAGGGAAAAAGAUUUAAAGAAAGAACGACACAUUUUGGAGAAACAGCUGGAACAACAUAUGGUAGAUGCCAGACUAGCUGCAGGAGACGAAGGUCUAGAUGAUGCCAUGCAAGGCAUGCACAUGUCUGCACCAGGGGAUCGAGGCUCCUUCUCGGGGCGACAAGUCAACGGGGGUAGAAAGGUGACUCCAGGAGGUAUUAUAGAAGAUGAUGGUGACUUCUCAGACUUUUUUGCUAUUCCUGAUCACGUAGAUGACACCCAAAAGAAAGUCAUUCAAGAAAUGCAAGACGAGGAGUUGGCACGACUUUUGCAGGAACAGGAACACAAGCGAACUAAAGCUGAAGUUGAUCGAAACAAACUGAAAGAAAUUGAAGAACAGGACGAACGACUCGCCAAAAUUAUCCAAGAACAAGAUAAGUUACGCAUAAAGAGAGCAAAACAGCGAAAGAAACAACAGCAGCAGGAGGAACACAGACGACAGCAGCAAAUGACAAACAGUAAUCCUGCUUCACGACCCUUACCUGAUCUACCAGGUCAAAGGUCAUCUACAUCUGACUCACCAUUACCUCCGGUACAAAAGCCCCCUGAACGUACUCGAUUACGUCGAGACAGUUUUCUACAAGGAAUUGACAGUAGUCAGAUUCCUCCCCCAUCUGUUACUGGUGACACCCUUCAGUCACGCCAGUCUGGUCGGUCUACACGCACAAUUGAAAGCUUACCCCAGGAUAGUGUACAUAAUGUGGAGCGAUGGCUGGCAGGUACGACGACAGCAGCUGAUCCUGUAGAAGGUCACCCUCACAUGUUGCCCUCGCCCUCACCUCCAGGCAGUUAUCACAGUGAGGAAGAAAUGCCACCAUACAGACCACCCCAUCCUCCUAAGCAUGUGUCAGUUAUAAAUACUGCCUCCCCGCCUAACCCCGCCCAUCGUGGGCGUAUCCCAACUGAGGAAGAACCCUGCUAUGCAGUCAGUAAUGCCAUUCCAUACAACAUUGCCGCGGCCAUUGACCCCACAUAUAAACGACGUCAGCAUCAGAUACACGAGGAGACUGACCUGAAGAUCCCUGUACAGCUAGCCAGCUCACUGCCGACUAGCGGAGAGACGGAUUUGGAAUGGGACCCAAAUGUAAGGGGGAGUCUACGACGUCCAAAAGGCACCUGGAACCCAGGCUCUUUCUCCACCGAAGGUUCUUUGCAAAGAGACGAUAGCUUUACAGAUGAGGGACCAGUCCUGAAUCCAUGGCAACCAGUCCAAGGUCAGAGAAGGUCGGACAGAACAAAACGACCCAAGAAAUCUGUGUCCUCCCCUACAGCUGCUACAGUUACAAAGGGCCAGAAAAACAACAACAGCUGUAAACAACAGUAACGAAGGGCCAGAAAAACAACAACAGCUGUAAAUAACAGUAAGGAAGGGCCAGAAAAACAACAGCAGCUGUAAACAACAGUAACGAAGGGCUCGAAAAACAACAGUAGCUGUAUACAACGGUAACGAAGGGCCAGAAAAACAACAACAGCUCUAACAUGUCGUAAUUAAACUGUGAUUAUAUGGUGAAAACAAUACAUAGAUAAUAGAGAGGAAAAGUAUACUGAAACUAAUGCUGACAAAACAUGG